GAACAGAAGCACUCGUUUACAAACUUAAAGAUUUAAAAAAACAGUGUGCGAAUAAACACCCCACCUGAAAUUUCUGCAGCGCUGGAAAGAGUCUGUAACUGGGUCUUUCCGAGCUCACUCUCGGCGGAGAACUACACUGCGGGAUGAAUCUUAUCUAAGCUUUUCAAAGAGACAGUGAGGGAAAAUAAACCAGCCCUCCCCUGGGCAGAUGACUGCUCUUAGCCUGUUGUGAUCUACAUGCCUGGGAACUGGUACACUGCAAGUUUGUCAUCCUGGAAAGGAGCAGGACUAAAGAUUACCCCCCACACGCUGAAGUGUUGGAUAUUUAUAUACAUAUAUGUAAAAACAUACAUACACAUUAUCUGCUGUUCUCUUGUCGAAAGACCCAUUCAGUUGGGUUUGCUAUUUGCUGCCGCGGCUGUAGCUCAAUGCUCCUUCAGUCGAUUCCCUGGAUUUGCCCCUUAUCCUCUGUCUCCACUCAAUGCCAGGCAGGACUAAAUCAACAUGAGCCACACCGAAGCUCCCAGGCCUCUGAACUGGACCAUCCGUAAGCUGUGUCAUGCGGCUUUCCUGCCAUCAGUUCGACUCCUGAAGGCUCAGAAAUCAUGGAUAGAGAGAGCAUUUUGCAAAAGAGAAUGUGUCCACAUAAUACCGAGCACCAAAGACCACCAUAGGUGCUGUUGUGGUCGACUCAUGGGUCAACAUGUUGGAUUGCCUCCAGUCAUUUCCAUCAGUCAGAAUGAAAGCAUUGAAAGCAGAAUUACAAAGAAUGAUUUGCACUCGGAGAAGUGGUCCAUCAGCAAACAUACCCAGCUCAGUCCGACAGAUGCCUUUGGAACUAUUGAAUUCCAGGGAGGAGGACACUCCAAUAAAGCUAUGUACGUACGUGUUUCAUUUGACACAAAGCCUGAUCUCCUCUUACAUCUAAUGACAAAGGAAUGGCAGCUGGACCUCCCAAAGCUACUGAUCUCCAUUCAUGGAGGCCUCCAAAACUUUGAACUCCAACCCAAACUCAAGCAAGUAUUUGGGAAAGGUCUUAUUAAAGCUGCUAUGACAACAGGGGCUUGGAUAUUCACUGGAGGUGUGAACACAGGGGUCAUUCGCCAUGUAGGAGAUGCACUGAAGGACCAUGCUUCAAAGUCCAGAGGACGAAUCUGCAUUAUAGGCAUCGCUCCAUGGGGAAUAGUGGAGAAUCAAGAGGAUCUGAUUGGAAAGGAUGUGGUCCGGCCAUAUCAAACAAUGUCCAAUCCCUUGAGCAAGCUGACUGUGCUGAACAGCAUGCAUUCACAUUUCAUCCUGGCAGAUAAUGGCACAACAGGAAAAUAUGGAGCAGAAGUGAAGUUGAGAAGGCAACUGGAAAAACACAUUUCCCUGCAGAAGAUUAACACCAGGAUUGGACAGGGAGUUCCAGUGGUAGCACUCAUUGUGGAAGGUGGUCCCAACGUAAUCUCUAUUGUGUUGGAGUAUUUGCGAGACACCCCUCCUGUGCCCGUGGUAGUCUGCGAUGGCAGCGGACGGGCUUCAGAUAUUCUUGCCUUCGCUCACAAGUAUUCCGAGGCUGGAGGGGUAAUCAAUGAAUCUUUGAGAGACCAACUGCUUGUCACCAUCCAGAAGACCUUCAACUACAGUCGCACACAGGCCCAGCAUCUCUUUAUAAUUUUAAUGGAGUGUAUGAAAAAGAAGGAACUGAUUACUGUAUUCAGAAUGGGAUCAGAGGGACAUCAAGACAUUGAUCUAGCCAUUCUAACAGCUCUCCUGAAAGGAGCCAAUGCCUCAGCACCAGACCAGCUCAGCUUAGCUUUGGCCUGGAACAGAGUGGACAUAGCUCGCAGUCAAAUAUUUAUUUAUGGACAACAGUGGCCGGUGGGCUCCCUGGAGCAGGCCAUGCUUGAUGCUCUAGUUCUGGAUCGUGUAGACUUUGUGAAGUUGCUGAUUGAGAAUGGGGUGAGCAUGCAUCGCUUCCUCACCAUCUCCAGGCUUGAAGAACUCUACAACACAAGACAUGGUCCACCAAACACUUUGUACCAGCUCGUCAGGGAUGUUAAAAAGCGGGAAUAUCAAGCUUUCAGCUGGAUCUAUUUUCAGGGAAAUCUCCCUCCUGACUACAGGAUAAGUUUAAUUGACAUUGGAUUGGUGAUUGAAAACCUGAUGGGAGGCGCAUAUCGUUGCAAUUACACUCGGAAAAGAUUUCGAACCCUGUACCACAACUUGUUUGGUCCAAAAAGGCCCAAGGUUCUGAAACUGCUGGGAAUGGAGGAAGAGCCUCCUGUGCGAAGAGGCAGGAAGACAACAAAGAAAAGGGAGGAAGAUGUGGACAUUGACUUGGACGACCCUGAGAUCAAUCACUUCCCCUACCCUUUCCACGAGCUGAUGCUCUGGGCUGUCCUGAUGAAGCGGCAGAAGAUGGCGCUAUUCUUCUGGCAGCACGGAGAGGAAGCCAUGGCCAAGGCGCUCGUCGCUUGCAAGCUCUGCAAAGCCAUGGCCCAUGAGGCCUCAGAGAAUGACAUGGUUGAUGAUAUCUCACAAGAAUUAAACCAUAACUCCAGGGAGUUUGCUCAGCUUGCUGUCGAGCUCCUAGACCAGUCGUACAAGCAGGAGGAGCAGAUGGCUAUGAAGCUGCUGACCUAUGAGCUGAAGAACUGGAGUAACUCGACCUGCCUGCAGCUGGCUGUAGCAGCUAAGCACCGAGACUUCAUUGCUCACACCUGUAGCCAAAUGCUACUCACUGACAUGUGGAUGGGGAGGCUCCGAAUCCGCAAGAACUCAAGUCUGAAGGUUAUUCUGGGCAUCUUGCUGCCUCCAUCAAUCCUCAGCCUAGAAUUUAAGAACAAGAAUGAGAUGUCGUAUAUGCCACACAACCAAGAGUCAGCCUUGCUGGGGAAGGAAGUGGAAGAGCCAGAGAAACCUGUCAAAGAAAAGGAGGAAGAAGAUAUGGAGUUCACAGCAAUGCUGGACGGGGUGAAUGGAGAAUCAGUUCGAAAGAAAAAUGAAGAGGAAGUACCGACUGUACAUAGAAUGAUUCCCUUUGGAAGAAAGAUUUAUGAAUUUUAUAAUGCUCCAAUUGUCAAGUUCUGGUUUCACACGCUGGCAUACUUUGGCUAUCUGAUGCUCUUCAACUAUAUUGUUUUGGUGAAGAUGGAGCGAUGGCCGUCAGUCCAAGAAUGGAUUGUCAUUUCUUAUAUCUUCACACUCGGAAUAGAGAAGAUGCGAGAGAUCCUGAUGUCAGAGCCUGGGAAAUUGUUGCAGAAGGUGAAGGUUUGGCUGCAGGAAUACUGGAAUAUCACGGAUCUCAUGGCUAUUCUGCUGUUUUCUGUUGGGAUGGUGCUACGCCUGCAGGAGCAGCCGUACAUGAGCUAUGGCCGGGUUAUCUACUGCGUCAACAUCAUUUACUGGUACAUUCGCCUAUUAGACAUCUUCGGGGUCAACAAGUAUCUGGGGCCUUAUGUCAUGAUGAUUGGAAAAAUGAUGAUUGACAUGAUGUAUUUUGUGAUCAUCAUGCUAGUGAUAUUAAUGAGCUUCGGAGUAGCGCGACAAGCAAUUCUUCACCCCAACGAAGACCCUUCCUGGAGGCUGGCGAGAAACAUUUUCUACAUGCCCUAUUGGAUGAUCUACGGAGAAGUGUUUGCUGACCAGAUUGAUCCUCCGUGUGGGGCUGGUUUGACAGAAGAUGGUAAACCUCUGCCACCUUGCAUAACUGGAGCAUGGAUCAUUCCAGCUAUAAUGGCCUGUUAUCUCUUAGUUGCAAAUAUUCUGUUGGUGAAUCUCCUCAUAGCGGUGUUCAACAACACAUUUUUUGAAGUGAAAUCGAUUUCGAACCAAGUUUGGAAGUUUCAAAGGUACCAGCUGAUUAUGACCUUCCACGAGAGACCUGUCCUGCCUCCUCCAUUAAUCACUUUCAGUCACAUGACCAUGGUCUGCCAACUCAUUUGCUGCCGCUGGAGGAAGCAGGAGACUGAACAGGAGGAUAAAGAUUAUGGACUUAAACUCUUCAUCACUGAAGAUGAACUAAAGAAGCUGCAUGACUUUGAGGAGCAGUGCAUAGAGGAGUAUUUUCGAGAAAAGGAUGAUAUGUUCAACUCUUCAAAUGAUGAGAGAAUCAGGGUCACUGCUGAACGAGUCGACAACAUGUCGAUGAGGCUGGAAGAAGUGAAUGAGAGGGAACACUUCAUGAAGGCAUCCCUGCAGACCAUGGACGUCAGGCUGGCACAGCUGGAGGAGGUGACAGGACGCAUUGCAUCAGCCUUGGAAAAGCUGGUUGGCAUGGACAAGGGAGAGGCAGGCAAGGUGAGAUCCAGGACCUCCUCGGACUGCACAGACGCGGCUUACAUCCUGAGGCAGUGCAGCUUCAACAGCCAAGAAGGCAACAACUACAAACUCCCAGAGUGUGGGGAGCAGGCUGGAGAGGAGCCCGUGUCGCCCACAUCGCCCACCAUCACACCGAGGAUGAGGAGCCACUCCUUCUACUUGGUGAGCCCCAAGCCGCAGGUCGGGAUGGAGCAGAAUGAGUUCCCCUUCAAGGAGAGGUCCCUGAGCUUACAGAGGACCAGCAGCUCGCAAAUGAUGGCCGUGGUGAAGGAGCUGAGACCUGGGCCACCUCCUGACCCUGACCCUGCCCCAGCUUCAGCAGCUGCUCCCCCAGAUGGGAAAAGGCCGUCGUCUUGUAUCGACAUCUAUGUCUCGGCCACUGAGAAGGAGGAGGAGGAGGAGGAAGAGGAGAUGGUGGAGAGUUCCCUGAAGGUGCCCACCGGGCUUGGGCCAUCUGAAAUGAUGGUGGUCAUGCUUGGCAGCCAGGGCUCUUCUCUGGUGUCCAGCCAGUGGCCAGAGGGGAGUGGGACAUACGAGGAGAUGUUUAUCUCAGAUGGCCUGGUGACAGUCCCAGAGAGUGUGCAGACAGCCGAAUGCCUACAGCAGUGGGAGACUGACCCUCCCAUGUAUCACACGCUAGAGCGCUCCAAGAGCAGCCGCUACCUGGCUGCCUCCAGCACCUACACGGACGACUCGCCGAUGGUCAAGUCGCACAGCUUCGUCUUCCCGUCGCGGGGUUAUUACGGCUGCUGCCUGGGAGUUCCCGUCAAAACGACCGAGUACACCAGCAUCACCGACUGCAUCGACACCCGCUGCGUGUCCGCCCCGCCACUCGGCAUCGAGCACCCGCACUUGCCCGGCGGCACGGCCAGACUGCACUCGGGCAGCCUGGACGAGGUGUGCACCUCUCACCCGGAGAGAGAGGCCGAGCUGAGCCACCCGAACUCGGAGAACGAGGAGGGCGAGGGCGAUGUCCGGCCUCCUGCAGCGGAGCCGCUCUGCAACAGCAACAGCGGCGGCGUCCUGCUGUACGGCCCAGACAGCGCAUCGCCCCUCUCCCGGCUGGGCAGAGCGAACAGCUACACCGCCUCGGAGCCCAACGCGCUGGGCUCGCACGCCCGGAAGAGCUGCUCCAUCAGCGACAAACUGGACACCCAGUGGAACUCCCUCCGCAUUGAAACUCCCGGCCAGCGCAGCCGCCCCCCCAAGCCGGAUGAGGCCAUCUCCCUCAAGACUCUGUCGAGGACGACGGCUUUUCGAAGUUUUGACAGUAGCAAACACCACAGCUUCACAUAAUUGUCGCUGCCUCCUCUCUUCUUGUAUUGUGGAUCGAAAUGUGUGCUUGUUUCCCACCCUGUGAGAUUCAUUGGCGCCUAAAUGGUGUCCUGUUGGCCACCACCAUAACUGUGUGUGUGUUUAAACACUACCUAAGUAUGUGUAUACCGUUGGCACAGUGUACUUCCUUGUCCUGAUAUUAAAGGAACCGGGUCACCAUGUGGGGCAGUGGAACAAUAAACCUCUGGUCAUCCAGGGUGUUGGCAGGGGUGCCAAUUCCCUUAGCAUUACUGUCACUACACCAUACAACGCUUUUCACUGUAUUUGUAAUACACGUUACAAUAGAUUAAUUGAAUCCAAUCCAUGUCAGAUGCUGGCAGCAGCAAGGAAUCACCCUUCUGCCUCCCCUGUGUCUGAGGGGCUGCCUUCAACAGUGACAGGUUAUUUAAACGUUUCAGAAGUCAGGCCACAGAAUCAUACAUUUAUAGCACAAGGGGGAGGUUAUUCGACGCACCAUCUAGAGCUGUAGAGACAUACAGCACAGAAGCAGACCUUUCAGUCCAACUGGUCCAUGCCGGCCAGAUAUCCGAAAUUCAUCAAAUCCCAUUUGCCAGCAUCUCUUUAAACCUUUUCUAUUCCCGUACCCAUCCAGUUGCAUUUUAAAUGUUGUAAUUGUACCAGCCUCCACCUCUUCCUCUGGCAGCUCAUUCCACACACACACACACCACUCUCUGCAUGAAAAAGACACCCCUUAGGUCUCUUUUGUAUCUUUCCCCUCUCACCUUAAACCUAUGACCUCUAGUUUUGGACUCAGCUCCACUGGGAAAAAGAUGUUGGCAAUCUGUGGCGUCUCUUUGAAAGAAUUAUCCAGUGAAUUCCAUUCCCCCCCCCCCACUCAUUCCCCCAUUUUGCAUUUCCUGCAUUUUUAAAAAUUAUUUGCUGGUGUUUAUCCAGUUCCCUUUUGAAAUUUCUAUUGAAUCUGCUUCCAAGCAGCACAUUCCAAAUGACAAUCACUUGCUACAGAUAAUUAUGUGUAAAUUUUGCCUCCUUGCUUUGGCUGUUUUCCCAAUCACCUUGAACUUUUUGAAUCUUCUGUCACUGGGAAUAGUUUUUCCUCAUUAACUCCAAAUCUUUCAUUAUAUUGAAUACCUUGUCUCAACCAUCUUUGUUCAACAGAGAGAAAUCUCUGUUUCCCUGGUUUUCAAAGGCCCUAAUGAUACUGCUAACAUCAAAUGAAAAUUUUAGAACUGAGUUUUUUUGUUAUUUUUGGGUAAAGUCUAUUAAAGGUUAUAGAUCGAAAGUGAGUGGGUGGAGUUAAAAUGCAGAUCAGCCAUGACCAAACUGAUUGACAGAAUAGGUGCAAGGGGCCAAAUGGUCUCCUACUCUUACUACAGCCCUGUGGUUCCACGUCUGAAACGGGUUUAAAACUUUUUUAAUUAAGCCUAUUUUUCUAAUCAACCUGUUCACAGUUGUUACACACCUCUGAAGCAGGGGGGACUAGAACCCAGGUUUGUUUGUCUAGGGGCAGGAAUGCUACCACUGCACUACAGGAGCCCACUGAAGCUGAUUUAAGGAGUAGGUAGAUAAAUGUUUCACAUGAUUUACAAUAAUCUUUAGUUCUGUAGGAUUGGCUCAUGUUCAGACAGGAGUAACAAGUAGUAGAAUGAUGGCAGGCCUUCUUCAGAGUUUUUCACAUGUAGAUAUCAUAGAAGGAGCUGACCCAGCCUAAACUCCAGAUGAUGUGGCCCCCUUAAUUCAUUUUUGAAAGAAUAAAAUGAAAGGACUGUAAGUAAACGUGACCACAAUGCAGUGAGUAAAACAGCACAAAGGAAGAAAUCAUUUUGAUACCAAGCAAAGGUGACUUUUAUCUUAACUGCUGUUUGUUAAUAUUUGAUAGCCUUUUGAAGAAGGAUUGUACAGUAUUUUUAAAAAUAAUUUGCAAGCAUCUGUCGUUUUGUGAUUCUGAGUCCAAUUAUUCAUCAAGUGAGUAACGUUUAUAUGGUUGCUAAAAAUCUAUUUGCUAGCUCUUAUUUUAAAAGCAUGUAUGCUGUUGCAAUAAAGAUGUAAAUAAUAGUGUUCAUCCAUUUGGCCCAGACUUGAGAUUAAGACUCUAGCAUUGCAAGCAUUUAAAAAAAGGCUGGAUUUCACCAAAAUGUAUCAGGCUUAAUAGAUAAAAGUUAGUGGUUAUCAUGGACAAAUGCUACAUGUUCCAAAUGCCCAUGGCUGAUAGCCAAAGCAAUGAGUUUUGGUUCUUUUAGAACUUACUGUCCAAGUUAGUUAGAUCUCAAGGGCUGAGCCCACAGGCCUUGCAAAACACUUAAGCACAUUGGUUUUAAAAGACGAUGUUUUGAAGAAUCAUAGAAUCAUACAACACUGAUGGUGGCCAUUCAACCCAUCUUCCCUGUGCUGGCUGUUGAAAAGAGCUAUUCAAACAGUCCUAUUGAACUUUCUUUUCCCAUAAUCCUAUGAAUGGUACCCUUUAACUAUUUAACCAAUUCGCUUUUUGUAAGUUACUAGUGAAAAAAGUGUUUACUAAUUUUUUUUUGCCAAUACUAUUAAAUCUGUGUCUUCUAGUUACUGAGCUUCCUGCCACUGGCCACCGUUUAACAGAUUAUUCAGGAACAUUUACUAUUCAGAGCUAAAAUUCAAACGGAACCCCCAGAAAUGCCAAUCAGGUCUUCAACACUCUGCACACUUAUACAUGUGCAAAUCAGCAGUCUUGCAUUGCCUGUGUCUAGUGAAGUAGAUUUGUUAAAGUCCAAAUAUGACCCCACUCAUGUGAUGACUUAAUUUAGUAUAACAAAAUACCAUAUUCUCUUACUGAUAGCAAAUACAUUAAUCAAAGCAUACAAAGAUGUUGUAAACUUGAAGUGCAAUAUUUACCUGCUAUGAUGCCAAAACCCACAGGUUAAACCGUCAUUUUGACACAAUAGUACAAACGCAAUGGGUAUUUCGGUCCAAAUGAACAGGUCAAUCCGGUAUUUGUCACUAAAUUUCGCUCAGCUUUUUGCCAACAUCAGGUAUCUUGGAUGUUCUCACAGUUCAAUGUAAAAUCAAGGGGAGUGUUUAUUUUAAAACAUUAGACCCCUUAAUACUAUUGCCCUUGACAACCCCAGGGAAAUCAUUGAUCUUAAUGGUAAUGUAAUCACAAGCGAAGUUUGGAAAAAGGUUCUUUAAAAACAGUUCUGGUUCUUCAGGCUGAGAGUUAUGAAUCUAUGCUCUAGUUGUAUAAUAAAAUUUUUAAAAAUUACUUCAUGAAAAUUAUAAGUCGUUAUGUGAGAUUAUCUCUAUUCAUCAACUAGAUAAUAAAGUGUGAAGCUGGAUGAACACAGCAGGACAAGCAGCAUCUUAGGAGCACAAAAGCUGACAUUUUGGGCCUGGUCCCAUUAUCUCUCAUCAACUAGAUAAUGAUCACCUCAGCUGAGAGUGACUCUCCUUCCAUUCAGCAGAAUGACUGUAAAAUCUGUGGGAACAAAUCCACAAUAUAUGCUUUAAAGAAAAUGUUAUGUCAUUAUUGCAGUAGAUAGUGUUAAUGCCAA